UCCGUAUUUCUCCGACGACAUAUUGUUUGUGAGGAGCAAAUUCUGAAAAGCAAACUGGGAAAGAGAAUUACAAUUGAUUUCUCUCUAAACACAAGAAGUAUCUGUCAUUUAAGAUAAAAAAAAAUGGAGCCGGCAGCCAGUCCAGCGAAGGAUAACCACAGGAUGAACAGCUACAAGAACAAAGCCCUGAAUGUGGAGGAGAUGAGACGCAGGAGAGAGGAGGAGGGUGUCCAGCUGAGGAAGCAGAAACGAGAACAACAGCUGUUCAAGAGGAGAAACGUUGACAUGUUGAACGAGGAAGGAGUCAUGUUUGAGAGUCCACUGGUCGACUCGUAUGUCACCUCCACAGCCACAGAGGAAGGAGUCCUAACUAAAGACCUGGUAGAGAUGCUCUUCUCAGAGGACCCAGAGCUCCAACUCGCCACCACACAGACAUUCAGGAAACUACUGUCCAAAGAACCCAAUCCACCUAUUGACGAGGUCAUCAACACCCCAGGCAUUGUAGAGAGGUUUGUAGAGUUCCUGAAGAGGAGCGUCAACUGCACAUUACAGUUUGAGGCAGCCUGGGCCCUGACCAACAUAGCAUCAGGUACAUCCAUGCAGACUAACAUAGUAAUCGAGGCAGGAGCAGUCCCCAUCUUUAUAGAACUACUCACCUCAGACUUUGAAGAUGUUCAGGAACAGGCGGUGUGGGCGUUGGGUAACAUAGCAGGGGACAGUCCAGUGUGCAGAGACUACGUACUCAACUGUAAUAUACUGCCACCACUAUUAAUGCUUCUGACUAAAUCCACCAGACUGACAAUGACCAGGAAUGCAGUGUGGGCUCUGUCUAACCUGUGCAGAGGGAAGAGCCCCCCACCUGUAUUUGAGAAGGUGUCCCCUUGUCUGCAGGUCCUGUCUAGACUGUUGUUCAGCAGUGAUUCAGAUCUGUUAGCAGAUGCCUGCUGGGCUCUGUCCUACCUCUCUGACGGACCCAACGAGAAGAUCCAGGCUGUCAUCGACUCCGGUGUCUGCAGGCGCCUCGUAGAGCUGCUCAUGCACACGGACUACAAGGUGGCGUCUCCUGCUCUGAGAGCAGUGGGGAACAUCGUCACGGGAGACGACAUCCAGACGCAGGUGGUGUUGAACUGUUCAGCCCUGCCCUGUCUGCUCCACCUGCUGAGUAGUCCAAAAGAAUCCAUCCGGAAAGAAGCCUGCUGGACCGUCUCCAACAUCACCGCUGGCAACAGGGCUCAGAUACAGACGGUGAUUGAUGCCAACAUCUUCCCUGUGCUGAUCGACAUCCUGCAGAAGGCAGAGUUCAGAACCAGGAAGGAAGCAGCCUGGGCCAUCACUAACGCCACCUCUGGAGGAAUGCCUGAACAGAUCAGGUACCUGGUGAACCUGGGCUGUAUCAAGCCUCUGUGUGACCUGUUGACCGUGAUGGACAGUAAGAUAGUCCAGGUGUCUCUGAACGGUCUGGAGAACAUUCUGAGACUGGGAGACCAAGAGGCCAAGCAGGAUGCAGGACCCAGUGGUGCCGGCAUCAACCCCUACUGCUCUCUCAUAGAGGAGGCCUAUGGUCUGGAUAAGAUCGAGUUCCUUCAGAGCCAUGAGAACCAGGAGAUCUACCAGAAGGCUUUUGAUCUGAUAGAGCACUACUUUGGAGUGGAGGAGGAGGACCAGAACCUGGCUCCUCCGGUGGACCAGGCCAAUCAGCAGUUCCUCUUCCCCCAGCAGGAGGCACCCAUGGAGGGCUUUCAGCUAUAACGCCCUCCCUGUCCUCUGGUUCUCAUCUGGUUCAUCUUAACCAACCAUCACUCAUACCCAUGGUGGAGUUUCAGAUGAAACAUCCACCCCCCUUAUCCUCAUACCCAUGGAGGAAUUUGGCGUAUAAUCAGUCCCCUCCACCCUCCAUGUCCAACCAUUGCCCCAUCCUCUAUACCCAGCCUGAGCCCAAGGGGCUAGUUUUAGCCCCAACAGAUGAAGGGUGGAGGUGAACCCCCCCCCCCCACCUGUGAAGCAAUGACCUUAUCCACCUUAUAUCCUCCACCCCCUAUGGAAGGUAGAGCGUUGUCCUCUCCCUCCUUUCCCAUGGAAGGCUUUACAGAUGUAACUAUCCAACCUGUAUUUACAGUCUUUGAGCUGGCUUUACCCUAACAGAUCAGACGCUUCUAACGGAAUGACAGAGUCUGGGCUGGAGAGCCAAUAGGAGACCUGAACUCAACCCGCUUGACCUGACGAUAAAACACAGCUCUUCCUGAUCAGUGAUCACACAACCAGGGCCGAGGUUUGGUCCAGUCCAGGUUUCGGCAAUGCACAGAUACAAUAACAGAUACACCGCCAGUGCUGUUGAUUCCCUGAUUCUUCUGACCGUAACGGCGGUUUGAUUUGGUUAUUAGUGCUUCCUGUCUGCCCAUAGGGGAUGUCGUCCUUCGGGAUGUAGGGGUUUGAUUGGUCAAACCUGACCAGUGGGAGAGAUGUAUUUUUAUUUAAUUUUUACCCAGCUCCUUUACGACAAUUAUCUUCCUAGUCCUUAUCUGUUUCCCCUCGUUUUAGCUGUUGUCCACCCUGUGUUUCUCUCUGGCUUGUUCUAAAACGUACUGCAUCUACACGCACCACCUGAAGACUGAAGUGUCCCAGGACAGAAGAAUGGCCUCUCUCUACUGUAAACAAUAAAACAAUCGGGAUGUAUUCUCAAAUCGGAGGCCAAACCCUCAUUCAUAUUGCUUUCUGUCUAUAUCGGACAUACAGGGUUCCAAUAAGCAAUUCUGGGGAUUCUUAGGAAUUCUAGAACUAUGGUUUGAAGUGUAGAGCCAAGGUUCUCCCCUUCUCGAACUGAGUCCUUUCUCUACAAUGUCUUUUUUUUUUUUGAACUUUUAGUUUUGUGCUUGUGGAGGAGGAGCAUGUUGGGAUCUGAAUCGUAAAAUCAGGUAAACGUCUGGGGCUAAGGGAGGAUGUU